AUUACUAAAGAAGAAAAGGAACAGGAGAAUAAUAAAAAAUCCAUACCAAUAAGUAAAGCCACACAAAAAUCCCGAGUUCCUGGCCAUGCCCAUAUGAUUGAUAAUAAAGAUGAGAUUUCCGCACUGCCAGCUCGUUUUAGCAAUAUACGCCAUCAUUUGGAACGCACCACUGGUCCUGAUGUUGAGGAAGGUGCACUUUUGCCAUCGCCUACACGCGAGAAAUUGAUGCCGGCUAUCACCAAACGUGAGUCAGAAUCACAACGUGGCAGCCCAAAGAAAACAGCUGCCUCUCGCCAUGGUUCACCACAGAAGGGUAGUCCACAAAAAGGCAGCCCCAAGAAGGUGAUCAAAAGUAAGUACGAAAAUGUUGUUUAUUUGAUUUUUUUUUUUUUUGCUACAAAGAAACACUAGCGCAAAAAGGCACACUGCACAGUGUGUGUGUGUGUGUAUGUGUGUGCUGUUCAAACACUUCCUCCUUUACA